UGACAGAAUGGUGGAUAGUGGGAGCCGAGAGGUAGUGGGUAUUUGGCUAUGACACCCUGGGAAGGCGAGAGGUAGUGGGUACAGGGCUUACUCUCCGUGGCGCCCAAAGGUAGUGGGUACAUGGCGUUGACACCCUGGAGAUCGAUAUAACGGGUAUAGGGUUGGUGCACACUGGAGUGAGCAGACGUAGUGGGUACAGGGCUGGACACGUUGUAGGUGGUAGAGGUGUACCCUCCAUAUCUCUGCAAGGCUCUCUUGGGCUGAUCUGAUUGUGUGAAUAACCUGCAGCCACCAGGGGGUUAAUAUCAGCAGGAGGACCGCCGUGGUCUCUGCAGGGAGUCCAUUCCUCUGGGAGAAGAGUCCUUUCUGAAGGCGUCGGUGACCAUGAAGGACGGGAACCGGGUGUCUGAGAGGAUCCUGGAGCUCACCCUGGAGAUCAUCUCCCUGCUGACCGGAGAGGAUUACAUGAUCGUGAGGAAGCCUGGCGGCCACGGCCCACACGGUGGAUCAGACGGACCCCCCGGCACCCGGAGCCCCAGCCCGGUGCCUCCACCUCACUCGCCGACCCACGAGAGGAACCGCGAGCAGAAGAUCCUGGAACUGACCAACAAGAUGAUGUCCCUGCUGACUGGAGAGGUGAGCGCUGCUGGGAACGGGACGUUAUACAGUAACACCGAGGCGUGUGUCUGGAUGGUGACGGCUCAUUGUGUGUCUCAGGUUCCUGUAAGGUGUGAUGAUGUCACCGUCUAUUUCUCCAUGGAGGAGUGGGAGUAUUUAGAAGGACACAAGGAGCUUUACAGGGACGUGAUGACGGAGACCCACCAGCCGCGCGGCUCUCCGGAUGGAGGAACGGAGGAGAAAUCCGGACCCGAAGAGGUUCAGUGUUCGCAUUCCUCUGAAAGUCCGGGCGACUCCGGAGUAAACGUUCCG